AUGACUGAAACUGCCCAAAAUUUCGAAUCCAUUCAAGAUAUCGCCAUCAAGCUUGUGCAGGAGCAAAUGAAGAACAGCAACGCGAACAACGAAACCAAGGAACGAACAAUUUUCGUACUCGGCAGCAAAGGAGUCGGAAAAACUACGAUAAUAAAUCGCUUUCUGGAUCGAGAUGAUCCUGCAAGACCAACGUUAGCGCUUGAAUACUCAUUUGGGCGUCGCACAUCUCCCGGACAGGGCGUUCAGAAGCAAGUUUGUAACGUUUGGGAAUUGGGCUGUUUGGCGAACAGCAAUCAGCUGGUCGAAGUGCCUGUUCGUUCGCAUGGAAUAGAAAACUUUUUUGCCUUAAUUGUGUUGGAUUUGUCAGAACCGGCGCAUAUUUGGACUCAUCUUGAGGCUUCGUUGAAUGGCUUGCGUGAAGCAUAUCGAAACAAUUGUCAUGACGCGGAAAUCACAAAAGGACGUGAAAGAACAAGAGAAAAAAUCGGGAAUGAACAUCCUGAUGUCAAUACGUUGGAGCUUUUUCCGUUUCCGUGUGUUAUUGUUGGCGGGAAAUACGAUAUUUUUCAAGAUUUAGACUCUGAGAUCAAAAAACACGUUUGUCGCUGCUUACGAUCCAUCGCUCACACAAUUGGCGCCGCUCUUGUCUUCUACAGUGUCAAAAAUUCGGCUUUAGCAAAGACAAUGCGUGACACGAUGAACCAUUUAGGCUUUGGAAGUCCCUCAAAUCCCUUCCGUUCGAACAGUACAGACUAUAAUGGACCCUUGAUAAUCGCUUUUGGGGGCGAUUCAUGGGAAAAAAUUGGCGUUACUCCUUCCAAUAGCGACCGAAUUGGAAUCGUUUAUGUAACUGCUGUGCCACAAAAAGAGAAAAAAGAUCAAGAUAACAAUUCAGACACAGAUAAAAAUGCCGAAAAUAAGGAUCUUGGAUUCAGGGAAGCUUAUAUCGAUGAGCUGCGAGCCCAAAAGGAUGAAGAACUCUUGAGACUUAUCAAAGAUAUCGAACUGAAAUCGAAAUUUGAAACAAUUAUCGUUUAG